GCAUCACAUUCAUGGGAUGCCAGUGUAGAGUGAGUGACUGUGUAGACCGAUAGUAAACGAGAAGGGGACCAACUAAAAAAAGAAGUAAAGCGAGCCAAGCAAAGCUUUAGAACAGGAGAUUGUUUUUUACCGCUCUUGUUGUUUUCAUUUAUUUUAAUUCCCGAAUCCUGCAAUCUCAACAGAAAAAGCGAAAAACGAAAAAAGGAAAACUUAGAUUCAAGCAUUUGAUCGCUCAUGUGCUAGACUGUAUCAAAACCCUAAGUUUUUCACUCCUCUGAGCAUAAUCAGACUUCAAAGCAUCUCUAAAUGGCGUUCUGGUGGCCGAUAAUCGUCCUCGCUUUCGCCUAUGCGAUCUGUCGGUUCUUAUUGAUGCUUAUCCCUCCCAAUGUGCCUUCAAUUGACGUCGAUGCCUCCGAUGUGUCGAAUGGAAAUCAAACGCAAGAGAACAGCUUCAUUUACGUACCUCCUAGAGGAAGAGCGCAGCAACAGGACAAGAAAGUCCAAUGCUAUGAGCCUGCAACCAUGAAAUACUUGGGAUAUUUCCCUGCCUUGUCGCCUGCUGAGGUCAAGGACCGAGUGGCGCAGGCAAGGACAGCUCAGAAAACAUGGGCAAAAAGCAGCUUCAAGCAAAGACGCCAGUUUUUGAGGAUACUUUUGAAGUAUAUUCUUGAACACCAAGAGCUUAUAUGCGAAGUGUCUUCGCGUGAUACUGGGAAAACAAUGGUAGAUGCCUCUUUAGGAGAAAUAAUGACAACAUGUGAGAAGAUCACUUGGCUUCUCUCGGAGGGUGAGAGGUGGCUAAAGCCUGAGUACAGAACUUGUGGUAGAUCAAUGCUUCACAAGAAAUCCAGGGUGGAGUUUCACCCCCUUGGUGUUAUUGGUGCCAUUGUGUCAUGGAACUAUCCUUUUCAUAAUAUUUUCAAUCCAAUGCUAGCAGCUGUCUUUUCGGGGAACAGCAUUGUGAUUAAGGUUUCAGAACACGCAAGUUGGUCAGGAUGUUUCUACUUCAGAAUAAUUCAAGCUGCACUUGCUGCUGUAGGCGCUCCUGAAAAUCUGGUUGACAUAAUAACGGGGUUUGCUGAAACAGGAGAAGCGCUUGUUGCUUCCGCUGAUAAGAUCAUAUUCGUUGGAUCACCUGGCGUGGGCAAGAUGAUAAUGAAGAGUGCUUCCAAUACACUAAUACCAGUUACACUUGAGCUUGGUGGAAAAGAUGCAUUUAUCGUUUGUGAAGAUGUAGAUGUGCCUCAUGUUGCACAAAUUGCUGUUAGAGGCGCCCUUCAAUCAAGCGGACAGAAUUGUGCUGGAGCUGAGAGAUUUUAUGUUCACAAGGACAUAUAUUCGUCAUUUGUUAGUGAAGUUACUAAAAUCAUAAAAUCUGUUUCAGCUGGUCCACCGCUUGCUGGAAGGUAUGACAUGGGAGCAAUAUGCUUGCUAGAGCAUUCAGAGAAGCUUCAAAACCUAGUAAAUGAUGCAACGGAUAAAGGAGCAGAAAUUGUUGCUCGAGGGAGUUUUGGCCAUUUAGGUGAAGGUGCAGUUGAUCAGUAUUUUCCCCCCACGAUUCUUGUAAAUGUGGAUCACUCAAUGAAACUGAUGCAAGAAGAGGCUUUUGGACCCAUCAUGCCAAUAAUGAAAUUUAGCACAGAUGAAGAGGCUGUCAAGCUUGCAAAUGACUCUAGAUAUGGGCUUGGCUGUGCUGUUUUUUCUGGUAGCCAGCGCCGUGCCAAAGAGAUUGCUUCUCAGAUACACUGUGGAGUUGCAGCAAUAAAUGACUUUGCAUCAACUUACAUGUGUCAGUCGCUGCCAUUUGGUGGGGUAAAAGACAGUGGAUUUGGACGAUUUGCUGGAGUAGAAGGAUUGCGAGCAUGCUGCCUUGUAAAAUCAGUUGUUGAGGAUAGGUGGUGGCCUUACAUCAAAACCAAGAUACCAAAGCCUAUUCAGUAUCCUGUUUUGGAGAACGGCUUUGAGUUUCAGGAAUCACUCAUAGAAGCCCUAUAUGGCUUGAACAUAUGGGACCGGUUGCGAGCAUUGGUCAAUGUUCUAAAGCUUCUUUCAGAGCAAAACCCUAGCAGCGGUAAGAGAAAUGACUAAGGAUGGAAACUAGUUUGUGUUUACUGAUGCUCUAGGCUUUGGCUAACCAUUUUUGCUUGUUUUGUUUAUCAAGAUUUAGUUCCCGUUGUUACUUGUUAAUACUUAAUACUAACAUGCAUGUACCAGAGGAUGCUCAUACUUUAAGUUUCUUUCAAUUUUUUUUUUUUUUUUUCCAGAUAAGAAUCUUAAUGAAUUUUGAUUUA